GUUCCCUUCUUAAGCAACCAAACCACACACAAUUGAAAAUUAACAAUACUCUCUUAAGAAUUAUAUAUUCUGCUUUUAUAUUUUGCACUUCCACUUUUUUUCAAUUAUGGCUGUUGAUUCUGGUGUUUCAUCUCCUCUAGGUCCUCCGGCAUGUGAAAAAGAUGCCAAGGUCCUUCAGUUCAUAGAGGAGAUGACUAAGAAUACGGAUUCGGUACAAGAGAAAGUAUUGGCUGAGAUAUUAACUCGAAAUGCUAAUACUGAGUACCUUCAAAGGUUCCAAGUUUUUGGUGCUGUUGAUCGUGAAACGUUUAAGUCUAAGAUCCCAGUUGUUACGUACGAGGAUCUUAAGCCUGAUAUUGAUCGUGUUGCUAAUGGCGAUCGCUCGCCAAUCUUCUCAUCUCACCCUAUAACUGAAUUCCUUACCAGUUCUGGAACGUCUGCCGGAGAGAGAAAACUGAUGCCCACAAUUGCCGAUGAGUUAGAACGCAGACAGAAGUUGUACAACCUUCUUCAACCCGUGAUGAAUCUGUAUGUCCCUGGUCUAGACAAGGGGAAGGGUUUAUACUUUCUGUUUAUCAAGGCAGAAACGAAGACUCCAGGUGGCCUCGUUGCGCGUCCAGUCCUAACAAGUUACUACAAGAGUGAACAAUUCAAGAAAAGGCCAUACGAUCCAUACAAUGUGUAUACAAGCCCCAACGAGACCGUUCUCUGCGUCGACUAUUACCAAAGCAUGUACGCGCAAAUGCUUUGUGGCCUUCUCAUGAGAGAAGAAGUUCUUAGAGUUGGCGCUGUUUUUGCCUCUGGCUUACUCCGGGCCAUCCGUUUUCUUCAACUCAAUUGGAAGCAAUUAUCUCAAGAUAUUGCGUCUGGAACUCUAAACCCUAGAGUUUCAGACCCAUCUAUCAGAAAAUGCAUUUCCGAAAUGCUCAAACCAAAUCCUCAACUUGCUGAGUUUGUUGUUAAGGAAUGUGAAAGUGAAAAUUGGGAAGGAAUCAUUACUAGAAUUUGGCCAAACACCAAGUACCUUGAUGUGAUAGUCACAGGUGCAAUGGCUCAAUAUAUCCCUUUAUUGGAUUAUUACAGUGGGGGUCUACCAAAAUCUUGUACAAUGUACGCAUCAUCCGAAUGUUAUUUCGGACUUAAUUUGAAACCAAUGUGUAAGCCUUCUGAAGUUUGUUACACCAUCAUGCCAAAUAUGGGUUACUUUGAAUUCAUCCCUCAUGACCCAGUCAACCCGAUACAACUCUCCCGUGAUUCACCUCCUCAUCUCGUGGACCUCGCUGAUGUCGAACUGGGAAAAGAAUACGAGCUCGUGAUCACAACUUAUGCCGGACUAUGUCGUUACCGUGUUGGUGACAUACUCCAGGUCACUGGGUUUCACAACUCAGCUCCUCAGUUCAAAUUCGUUAGGCGUAAAAACGUGUUGCUGAGCAUUGACUCUGAUAAAACAGAUGAGUCCGAACUGCAAACAGCGAUUGAAAAUGCGACAGCACUUUUGCUUCCAUAUGAUACUACUUUGGUUGAGUACACGAGUUUUGCAGAUACUAAAACAAUCCCAGGGCAUUACGUUAUUUACUGGGAGUUACUUGUAAAGGACCCGUCUAACUCUCCAAGUGAUGAGUUGCUGAACCAGUGCUGCCUCGCGAUGGAAGAAUCGUUGAACUCGGUUUACAGGCAGUGUCGCGUGGCGGAUAAUUCAAUCGGACCACUGGAGAUUAGAGUUGUGAAAUCUGGGACAUUUGAAGAGCUGAUGGACUAUGCAAUUUCGAGAGGUGCAUCAAUUAAUCAGUAUAAGGCUCCAAGGUGUGUCAACUUUACACCUAUCGUGGAACUUCUAGACUCCAGAGUGGUUUCUGUGCAUUUCAGUCAAAGUGCACCUCACUGGACCCCGGAGAGGCGACGUUGAAGACGAGCAGUCAAGUGAUGUUAUCAAGUCAAUUAGUAGUGUUAGUGUGGGAAAAUAAACAUGGUUGGACAUGGACCAAAAAGAGAAUAUAUUUUUUUGGUUGUGUCCUUGCUUUAAAUUUACUUUUUUCUGUAUCUCUGUUGGAUGUUUUGAAUGUAUGUUCAAAGUUGAUUAUGGUCUUUGUUUAUGUAAAGAGUCGUUUUAGUAUAUGUAAUUAAAUUAUAUAUGGAUGUUUUGCUUGUUUUGAUUUGAA